UAUUUUCUCCCAUUGUCAAUUGUCACGUCCAAUUGUCACUCCCUCCAAUUGUCACGUGAUAUUUUUAUAGGCAAUAUGUAGGCGUUCAACUAGUGUUAAGAGUAAGAACUGCAACUUUCGGUGUUCGAUCGUAGAGGGCGGGCCUAUCUGCCUGCCGGCGGAGGUCGCUGACCGGUCGCAGGGCAGUGUGUGAUCGGAGCCGAGCGCAGAGAGUGCGGCACCUGUACUGAAGUGUUAUCUUGAUCGGGAAGCAAAUACAAGUAUCGGCGCGGUGCGUCGCUGACCACUGCUCACGAUGGAGCGGGCGCGCCGUCUGCAGAUCCGCCAGCUGGGCCCCGAGCUCACCUGUCACCUGUGUCACGGAUACUUCGUCGACGCCUUCACCGUCGUCGAGUGCCUACACUCGUUUUGCAAGUCGUGCAUCAUGGACCACGUUAAGAAGUCGUGCGACUGCCCAAAGUGCGGCACCCAGCUGAACAAGGCGCGGCUCACCUCGGCACUCAGACCCGACCAGACUCUGCAGUCUGUCGUCUAUAAACUGGUGCCGCGACUGUUCAACGAGGAGAUGCAGAGACGGCGAGACUUCUACCAGGACCACCCGCAGAGAGACCGGAGCCUGUCGCCGGAGCGGCGGGGAGACGUCAGCUCCCAGCAGUUUGUCUAUACCCUCACAGACCCCAUCAGCUUCAGCCUGGAGUUCGCCAGGGGCGGAACUGGUGACGGUAAGCGGACGGACCUGCCCGCUGUCCGCUACUUCCAGGCACCAGCAGGUCUCGGUAUCAGUCAACUGAAGAAGCUGCUCCGUCUUAAACACGGCCUGGGACCGCGUGAUGCCAAGGUUGAUAUUUUGUACGCUGGGGACGUUUUGUCGGAUGAGUUGAUCAUCAUGGAUGUGGCCUACAUGUACAACUGGGAUCGGGCGGCCCCGAUGCGCUUCUCCUACCGCUACACGACGAAACGACCGCUCGGCGCCGAGCCGCCGGAGCCGGCCGCAUCGCCGAGUAAGCGGCGCUGUCCGGCGCCGGCCGACGACCGACUCUCCGGCACCGACAGCGACAAGGAGAACGUCGAAAACGACGCCCGGCCCGAGCCUCUGGACGGCGUGACGCCGGUGGCCGUCACGGCCACGGCCGCGGCGGCGGCCGCCUCGGCCGCUCCGAAGCCGCCGGCCGAGCGGCAGCCGCCCGUCGGCGCUCGGCUCGAGGGACCGAGGGAGCCGAUGACGUCGUCUGUGACGUCACCGCGGGCCAGGCCGGGGUCCGCGGCGGCCGGCGCACCGACCGAGCCCCGACCGGCGGCCUGUGCCGGCGGCGAGGCGGACGGACAGCGGCCGGCGGCGGCGGCGGCCGGCGCGGUCACCAGCGAUACGCCCAGCGGAACGAGGACACAUGUGGCCAGCGGGCCAGCCGGCGCGACGGCGGUCAGUGCGAAGGACAGUGUGCAGAACGGCCACGCGGAUAAGGCCGCGGCUGAAAGUGUGAAAAAAGAUGUGUGCCCGAAUCGUGAGGAAGUGGGUGGUGUCACGAGCCAGGGAAUUCGCGGUAGUGAUGCGGAAAAGGCGGUCGAUGCCGCCCGCCCGGCUGCUGCGUCCGGCGGGGACAAACUGUCGUGUUCUGCGAGUGCUAAAGAUGCUCCGAUGGUGUCCACCGUGAAACAGAGGGACAGACAGGGCACGGACACUUCGCAGCCCACCAGUGCAUCGCAGAAUGGAUCCCAGCCGGUCAAAGCCAUGGCUGAUGUUCCGAAAUCACCAGCAGCGCCCAACGGCGUCCAUGUCGAUCCAAAGCGACACAACGGCGCUCCCGUUGAUUCCAGGGUCACGCAUGCUGUUGCUAAGAAUUCCAACGUUCCCAGCAGCGGCGUUGCACCCGCGCUGAAGCAUAAUUUGUCCUCGAAACCUGCCACGCCUCAAAAGACACAGUUGCCGUCGAAAGUGGCAGGCGAUGAAGCUAAAGGAAUUUCUGCUCAACCACAAAACGCUCCGAAGCUGGCGGCUCCUCCAAAUGGUGCGUCCUUAAAGACAUCACAAACUAGAGCCGUCGCUAGUCCCAGCACCGCAACAAACGCUGGCACUCAUAAACCGAUGACUGCGGUCAAUGGUUCGUCACCGAAGCCAGCACUCCAAACCGCCAAAGUCGCCAAACCCAGCGCCCCGUCCAAACCGCCGGUGUCAACCCCAAGCUCUUCAGCAAGAAGUGGCGUCAGUUUGUCUGCCGGUAGCCCGGCGUCGUGCACCUCGCCUGCUCCCACGCGGCCUGGCGGGGGAGGGGGCGGGGGCAGCUCGGAACGGACGCCGCCCGCCGACGACCGUCAGUGUGAGGAUAGCGGCGUCGAUACCGACAGCUCAGAACGACCCGGCGCCGACACGGCCCGUUCGCCCAUCGACGUGUAUGACUUCGACGCCGAGGCUGAGGACGAGACCGCCGUUCGUCUGAAAACGACCCCGUCGCCGGUGGUGGUACCGGAGAACCGGACCCCUUCCCGCCCGAUGGCGGUGGCUAAGUCAGUGUCAUGGUUGACCACACCUAACGUGAGGGCGGUGGAUUCACGGGUGACGUCCCCCGGCGUUCGUAUGACGCACCCUCCUCAACGUCCGGGGCAUCCCACGGCGAAUGGAGGUCCUCCUUCGCGGCCGGCUCCUUCGAGCACGCUAGCGAUCCCAAGAGCUCCUUCGAAUCCUCCUGCCGGAGCAAUGCCGCAGCGACCGGUGCCAUCGAGCACCCCCGUAGCUCCCCCGCAGCGUCCGGUCCAUCCGAGCGCCACAGCAGUUCCUCCGCAGCGCCCAGUUCCUCAUGGCGCCACGGCAGUUCCUGUGCAGCGUCCGGCUCCUCCUGGCACCCCCGGAGUGUCCGCCCCUCACCGUCCUCCUCCGGGCCCCGCCCCCGCCCCCGCCCAGCGUCCGGCGGCUCCGGCGGGCGGCCAGCCGUCGGCGGUGCCGCCCUCGCCGCGCCGCAGCCUGGCGUCGCUGCCGGCGCUGCGUCCGAUCGGCGCCGGCGCCAUCCCGCUGAUGACGGGCCAGCUGGACCAGUUCCUGUGGCUGGUCAGCCAGUCGGCCGUCUCGCACCCGAACGGCUCCUGGCGGCUGCCGGCCGACGCCUCGGCGCUGCUGAGCCGCGCCACGGCGCCCAGCCAGCCGGCGUCCGGCAAACCGAUCCGACCCAAACCCACGCAGAGGAAACCAUCGGGCCAAAUGAAACACUCAGCUCAAGGAAAUUCCACUGUCUCAACUGCCUCUGCUGCUCAGCCUAAGAGUGGCCACCAAGUCCCUUCGUCGGCUGCCUCACCGGCGGCGCAGAGGACGAUGCCUCAGCAGUACCGCCUCAGCAGUACGCAGGGCAUACAAAAUCUCGUCACCAACGAGAUCACGAUCACCAAGAUCCCGAACAUGUCCCGGAGUGGGACGAGUUCCUCCGCGUCCGGCCGGCCCUCGCCGUCGCCGGCUCCGGCCGAACCUCCCCGCUCUCCGGCCGGCCGCGCCACCGCCGAUGGCAGUGUCACCAUCGAGAAGAUCCGCGCCGCGCCGGCUUCGCAGCCGCAGCCGGCCCGGCCGCCCAACUCGCCCAAACUGCUGGCCAUUGCCGAGAGUCUGGCCAUGAAGCAGAUCCAGGCGGCGGCCGGCAAGACGCCUCCUCCGGUGUCGACCGCGCCGCCGCCGUCGGCAAUCGGCAGUCUGCUGUCGCUGUCGCAGUCGCAGCAGUUGGGAGUGUCGCGGCAGCCGUCGGCCGGCGAUCAGUCGGCGGCACGGUGCCGGCCGGUGAGCGGCAGCGCGGCGCGCCGUCAGAUCCCCAACCCGGCGCUGCUGCACCAGCAGUCGCAGGGCCGGCUGACGGUGCUGAACGUGCCGCCGGCAGAGGCGGCCGGCACCGGCUCCGGCAGCGGCUCCAGCACCUCGUCCGGCUCGCUGGCGCGCAUGGAGAGGCUGACCAACUCGCUAGGCAGGUAGCAUCGGCUGCCGCUCCUUCCCGAGCUCAGCAAGGUGCACAGUUCCUCAAUCUGAAGCUCAAUUCGAUGGUUGCUAAAUGCGAGUGUUUUCUGGUACAACUGAAAUGUUUUCUUCCGUAGCGUACUCGUGCGUCGUCAUGCCAGGGAUUCUUGUUCGUUUUGUAUCUACUAAUCGUUUGUAAAGUCUUAGGCGAUCUUGGUAAAAAAGAACGGUCUUUCUUGAGGUCAGACAUUGAACUCAAAAUAUCUUGGACGUCUAGAUGCCAUCGUUCAGAGUACGAAAAAGGCUGUUGUUUAAUAUCGGUCGUCGUUUCUGGUAGUAGUGUUCGUUUUUUGAAAAUGUCUGCGAGUUAGCUACUCAUGGUUGUGCAAAUCGUCGAAGCAGGGUGCAAACGGAGGAUCCGUUACCAUCUCGCCUCGUGGCGCUGACCCCAUUGGGGAGGCUGUUCGUUGGUGUGUGUGGUCGCGGUGUCAAAUAGUCAGAGUGAGCUGUUAGUGUGUGUGAGCUGGAGACUGUUGCAGUUUAUAUUGAUUGAGUACAUCGAUGGCUGUAAUUUUGUACCACUGUAUUAAUACAAUGCUGCUCGAAUC